AUGCCGUUCCACAAGGAAUACGCCGAUGGCACCCCGCGUCCUUUGCUACGAGGUUGGCUGCACGGAAUCUCCACCUGCGUGGCAAUUCCUUUACUGUGCAAUUAUUGGUCGAUUCUUCCACUGCCUGCCAUUCCAGGACUGUUGGCAAUUUGUUUUACAUUAUCCAUGUCUAGUUUGGUACACUUAGUACCAUGGAAAUCUACCGUGUUGCUGGAAGUCCUUACGCGACUGGACAAAUCGGGCAUUCUGGCCAUUUGUGCGGGAUCUUUUUUCGGGGGACCACAGCUCUUGGAGAAUAUUUCCUGCAAGCCUCCACUGGCCAUGGCAAUCGGGACAGUGGCCAUUCCUCUGAGUUUAUCUACUUUGGGUGUCGCUUGUGGAAUGGGACCCAUCAUCUUUGUGGGCUGCGCCGUGGCGUUCUUCUCCACGACGGGCUGGUAUAUCCAGCAUCCAGCAUUACCAGACGACAAUUAUACAUUUGUGAUCCAUUCCGCAGUUUGCAUCGUUUUGUACGGCGUGGGGUUGUCGCUAUAUGUCAGUCAAAUUGGAGGGCAAACAAAGUAUUGGGGAUAUCAUGAAUGGAUGCACUUGCUGGUCACUCUGUCUUUCAUUGUGAAUGCUAGAGGAUUAUUGCUGAUGACGGAAUACAACGACAAAAUUUGCAUGACAAGCAGCAUUGCCAAUGACGAUCUCAACAUGCAAUCGGUUGAAAAGCCAUGGUUUUCCUGGUGGGCUUUGGAGUAG